UACAAGAAGUACGUUUCGGAUAUGAAGAAGCUUUCUUACUCUGCCAUUUCCGUCAGAUACAUCUUCCGAAACAAGCAAUUGAGAUUGCUCGUCUUGAUAGCGAUAACAACAAGCGAUAUUUAUUUCGAGAAUCCUUAACUUAUAAAUCAAAGAAAUACGUGAUUCAUUUUUUGUUUCGCGAUACCGAUAAAUCCAGCUAUCGAACCCAGAAGAUAUAAAAAAACACUAAUUGCGGCAUUCCGUCAUACUUCCCGGAAGAAUGUGCAAAUGUAUGUAAAUCACAGUCAGAGACGAAUACUUGAGGACAAUAAGACGGGAAAAGAUUCGUGAACGAUUGCGAGGUAAAAUGAAAAUUCUAAAGGCGCGAAGCAAGAUUGGUAGAAUGAGAAAGCAAAUUCUUGGAAACAAAAAUUGUCACUCACACACGCGGGAACAUCAAUAAUUUGUCGAAAUUAAAUUGUAUGAAAAAUAUUUGUACUUCAUACAAUAAGAAUCGAAAUAAAUAUAGCCACUCUUUGAUGCCGUAGAGUAGUAGUGUUUCCCACCGCUGAACUAGAUAAGCAAUAAUUUUAGCGGAUGCCAAAAAUACGCAUCCUCCGGUACUCGUAUUGUUUUCGUACUCGUACAAGUCGACAGUAAUUACACGUUUUAACGCGAUUUAAUAUCAUCCCUAACUAUCCAAGUACAGGAUUUUAAUAACGAUGACAUUAAAGCCCCUAACGAGGUUACGUACAACUGGGAAUUUUCCUCUAAUAAUAUCAAACAACAUCGGAACUAUACAAUGUCUUUGAACGACAGCGUUAUAUCGUUUUUAUUUGCUCUAACUUCUGACGUAGAACGAUUGAGCGACUAAAUGUUGAGAGUAUAUCGAAUUAUACCGAACAGACGAAGCGGAUAGAGCGAAACAUUCGGAAGAACUUCAUUUCUCGCGUUAAAUCGCGCAACCGUUUAUCGUGUUGUCGCGUAGUUCAAUUUAUCACGGCAUUAAAUCUCGUUUUAUGCUAUGCCCUCCUGGUCUUAUUUGCGAAAAUAUCAAGACGCGUCUAGGGGAGAAGUAAGUUUUCGCAGGUGUUACAACUCGUGAAAUAUGCGUAUGCGCGAGCAGAAAUUUCUCUCGGUAAUCAGAACGAUAAAAUUGUCGUUAAAUAUUUUGAAUCGUUGAUUUGGCGAGAUGCGCGUGAUUUUAUUGGCCGAGUUACGAUGCGGACUGGUUUGCGGGGGUUAAAGUGGAGGGUUGGGUGCGUAGUAGAUGGGCGCGUGGUGCAAAGGUGAGCAACUCGAGAGACGUCACUUGUUCACGAUCUGGCGAACGGUGCGCUUUUAAGAUCAUCCCUCGCAUGGGGGGAGGGAGGCGCCAGCGUUAUUACUGUUUUCCACACGUCAUUGAUUUCGGCUGGAACUGUCGAGAUUCGAGCAACAGAUGAAUUUGUUCUUUGCCGACGAAUACCGAAAGGAUUUCUAUGAAGCAAAUAUCUGACAUUUAUGGGAAGACUAUUAAUUGUUUUCGAAGUGAGGGAGAACGAUUAUUGUUGCGUGACUUAAAAGGGAACAGAGGGCAAAGUGAUUUAUUUCUGUCGCAAACGGUGAUUAAGAUUCGUGAACGAUGGAUGUGUCGGAUAAAUAUUCGUUUUACGAGAACAUUAGCGACGAAUUGGAAUACUUGGAAAAAAUACGCGGUCCCAAGUAUUUAUCUUUAACGUUGGUCGUGCCUGUUACCCUUACGUACGUUAUCAUCUUCGUAACCGGAUUUGUUGGCAAUGUGAUCACUUGCAUCGUUAUAUGGAGGAAUCCGACCAUGCAGACACCGACGAAUUAUUACUUGUUCAAUUUGGCGGUAUCCGAUCUGCUGUUUUUGAUAUUGGGUUUACCCUUCGAAUUGAGCGUAUUUUGGCAACAAUAUCCAUGGCAAUGGGGACUAGGCAUAUGUAAACUGAGAGCGUACGUCUCCGAAACGUCCUCUUACGUGUCGGUACUAACUAUAAUGGCAUUCUCAGUAGAAAGAUAUUUGGCAAUUUAUCAUCCUCUUCGUCAUUAUGGAAGUGGUCUGAAGCGUUCUAUACGAUCUAUAUUUGGUGCAUGGUUGAUAGCUUUGAUUUUUGCUAUACCAUUCGCUGCUUACAUUGAUAUAGAUUACGUUGAGUACCCACAAAACUCGAAACGAAACUCGGAAGAAUCCGCGAUUUGCGCGAUGCUGAAGGAAAACAUGCCAAAUUUCCCUCUUUACCAGCUUAGUUGUAUCUUCUUCUUUCUCAUACCCAUGGUGUUUAUCGCGGUGCUUUACGUGAGGAUAGGGUUGCGAAUACAAAGUGAUACCCUCGCGCAAAACGUCGAGGGAUACGUUCAUGGUGAAACCAAACAAGCCCAGUCACGGAAAACCAUCACACGGAUGCUGAGUGCCGUAGUGAUCACAUUUUUCAUCUGUUGGGCGCCAUUUCACAUUCAACGAUUAUUAUACGUGUACGAAGAUUCGACGUAUGAUGACAUAAACCAGUGGGUGUACCCGCUCACUGGUUGCCUUUACUACUUCAGCACCACCAUCAAUCCCAUCCUGUAUAAUGUGAUGAGCGCGAAAUAUCGGAAUGCUUUUAAGGAAACAUGUCGAUGCUCCCCUAGCAAUCCAUCCAUUAGCAGAGUUGGCCUGAGUAGCAUGAGAGAUUCCAGUACAAUUUGUGGUGUCAGGCCUAGUCAAGCAUCUCAGGUGUUUCGAGAAAGAAGCGUAAAUAGCCAACGACAUGGGAUGUACAGCGCUUCGGAUCCUGUGAAAAACAAGUCGCACGAGGCAGCUCAAUUACAGGCAGACGAUGGAGAGGAUGAAAAGCGAACGAAUAACGUACCUGCGAACUAUUUUUUGACAGCAGACAAAAACACUAACGAAAUCGGUGCUUCGCGAUAUUUGCAACAGACAAAAAGAUCAUCGAUCCUAAUACACGCGAAAAAUAGACGUCUCAAAUAUCAAGUGUCUGACGAAGAUGAGACUCCCUCGAAUGAAACGCACAUCUGAUCAUCGUAUUUUGGCAGAACGGUAUAUAUUUAAGGAAUAGCGCACAGAAAAGUCAAUGAUAAUUUCAAACAAAAAAAGUUAAGAACUUUGUGAUAUUAUCGCGCAAGCUUCGUUCGUUGUAACCCUUUAAGAUCAUCCUUCCAAAGUAUUAAUCCCUGGCUUAUCUUGUCAAGGAAAAUGGCUCACAUGUUACGAAUUUCCCGCAUCUUUGUACAUUAGCAAGUAACGGAAAAUCGGAAUUUACGUAUUUGCUAGGAUCGAUUGAAGAUAUUGAAAAGUACUUUGAAAUUCGUGUGGGAACGUUUAAGGAAGUUUGAUCGAGUGUAAGGUAAGUGUGGUCGACCAAAUGUAGCUUAAAUAUUUACCAUAUAUCAAAUAUUUACCAUAGCGAGACUGGAAUAAAAAUUGAUAUUCCAGCUUAAGAAUCGUUGAUACGAACAGCUGAAAUUUAUAGGCGGGAGAUAAUUUCCAAACGAUAAAAAGAGGGCUUCAAGAGGACAAAACUAUAGACAAGUUAUUAAAUUGUACACACGUAGAAUACAAUUACGUUAUCUAAAAAUACUAUGUCGAAAAAUGCUGCGGAUUGUAUUCCAUUUCUAACAUGAUAUUGAUAUGGCUUUUGGUGACCCUCGGUAUUUUGUUAGACUUUUGUGCUGUCACGUACAGACAAAUAUACAGGAUCAAUAGCAGCUUUUUUCCAAACCAUGGAACGCAACAUUAUCAAUGCAUUCACUGUGAAUCUGUUACACGUGUAAACAUCCCAUUAGAUUAUAGCCGGCACUUAGAAAAAAAAUCGAUUGUAUUCACUUAUCUAUCGUCUAAACUGGAACUUGCUUCCCUUAUCCUUACUUCAAAAAUCCCAAGAGCUUUUUACCAUGCAAAACAUGGAAAGUCUUUUCGAGCGAACUAACGAAAAAGAUCUUCAUCGGUAUCUUUUCGUCACAAGGAUGGAAAAUAUACGGUCGAACGGAUCGCCAAGCUUAAAAGUUUUCGCAACUUCAUUGUUAACAUUUCCAGGAUCAGAGAGGUUUACAGUCGAACAUCAAGAAGAAAUUUUAUCUUGAUGAAAAUCUUGGAAAAAUAUUUAACGAUACGUUUGGCGACAUUGAAAUUUUGUAUAAUCGAAUACCAAAAAUAAAGAAACGAAUUUGUGUAAAAUCUGAAGUACAAAACAUGUAUAUAUGACUGUAUCUAUUGAUGAAUUUUAAUCUUUUGUUCCUACAAAAGAUUGUUUUCACUGUUCACCUUCAAUUAAUGCAACCAUAUUAUUACAUGUUAAUGAGAGUCAAUUCAAUCAACUUUCCUUAGUAGUUAUUAAUACUUAUCGAAGGUAUUGAUCCCCUUUCCUUUAACAAAUUUUCUUCGAUACCGGGCAGUCAAAUUAAUUAUUUCUUUUGAAAUUGUUGAAACUUAAAACUUGUAGUGAAUUUCGCGAUAUCUAUUUACAAAAGUUAGAAGCAACACUUUCCAACUUCGAUUAAAAUCUAAUCAAGUUUAAUUUUAGUCACUGUAUUCGAUUCCUAUCUUUGAUAUAAUGAACGAUUGUCAAUAAGUUUCGAAUAUAACACGCCAUAAUGAGGAGAAACAAACGUAAAAUUGUUAAAGUACUCAAAGAGCAAUUUCAAACGGCUAUGAUAAAUUAUGAUUAUGGAUCGCUCCAUUUUCAACAAGAUCUCUAUACUAUUUGAUUGUACCUCUGAUUGUAACAAGUACACCAUUAGUAUGGUUUUUGAAUCGAUAAACGUCAUACACUGCAUAGAAAUCAAUCGCUAUUUAGCUACAAUUUUGUAAAUAAGUCUACUUACUAACUGUAAAUUCGCACGUUCGUGGGGAGACGCGAUCUCGAGGAAGCGCGCCAACGGGAGUCGUAAAUUCCCGUUACGAUUGACUAAUCGACGCCACGAAUCGUUCGAUCCCUUAUUUCUUGUGGGAUAAUAAGGAUAGUUAACUUGAAUAUAACGCUGCUGUUAACAGGUAUUAUAUAUUUGCACAAUCCAACAACUUCGGUGUAAUACAAGUGAAUGGUUGAUAUAAACUGACUACGAAUGAGUACGAUCUGAGACUCUGUUCGUGUUGUCGCGUAUAAUGUGUUGUGUCGACUGACUGUAUUCGACUGACUUGAGUGGAUCCUUGGUGACGACUGACUUAAGCUGAUGUUUUGUGAAGACUGACUUGAACUGAUCUUGGAUCCAGACUGGCUCUCCUGAUGUCGUAGUAGAAGUAGUUGACUUGAACGUUGUCGCAGGAGAAGUAGUUGACUUGACUGUACGAAGGAUGGGAACUCAGUGCUGUUCGGUGACGAUGCUGUGUCACGAUGAAAGCUAAGGAUGAGUGUGUCCCUCGAACGAAGAACGCGGAUUCGUUAUUCACACCUUUCGUCAAUGAAGUGAGGGUAAACGUCCGCGAUGCCGAUUGGGUAUGACUCAUGCGAAUGCAGAAGGAGAUGAGGAGGUCUCCCACCAACGUGGGUCGGGGUGAUUUCAUUCCUGG